AUGACGACCUCCCUCACAUCUAAUAGCGCACCGUCAAGGAAAUCUUCAAAGAAAUCCAAGGCUGGUCCAACAGUACGGUUACCCAAACCGAGUGUGUUCACCGAGGGGUUGAGAGAAAGAUGCGAGACCACCGUCUUAAAGACGACCGACGAAGAGGUCAAUGUGAAAACCCCGGAGACUAGUACGAAACCGGACAUCUUUCAGACGCCCCCUUUUUUGCACGACGACAAAAUUAUCGUCGUAAGAUGCCCUCCCCUUUCAAAAAAACAGGAAGAAAAGGACAAAGAUGCGCAUAUUAGUGAUGCCUUAGAUGCUUUGAACGGAACGAGACGAGAGGCAUUAGUAACUCCGGAAACUAAUAGGUCUUCAAAUAUACCGAUCACUGCCAUAGAAGCAUUGGAGAAGUUAUUUGGAAAAGUACCGGACCAAAAAAUCCGCGGUUCAAAUUAUGGAAGAUUAGCCCAAGAUUUCACUUUUCCGCCAAAAAAUCAAUCCGCGAAUGGGUCUUCAAACGCUGGAAGCAGUGUCGCGUCCUCCUCGAAGAACGGUAGCGAAUCCAAAGAAGAUCCCGAAGAAAUCGAGAAGAAGAGACGAAGGAAGAGCAAUUUAAAUGCUCUUGCAAAGGAGUUCACGCCGUCAAGUAUCCCCGGAAGCGCUUCCACCACCGAAUCCGAUAAGCCUACUGACGUCUUAGAAUCUAAGGAGGAUGAGAGCAAAAAGAAGAGGAAUGCACGGAAAGAGAAAGUAUGA